GAGCAGGAGGAGGAGGGGGCGCCGAGGCUGCCGAGGAUGGGGAAAUCCAACAGCAAGUUAAAGCCUGAAGUUGUGGAAGAGCUGACCAGGAAAACCUACUUUACCGAAAAGGAGGUUCAGCAGUGGUACAAGGGCUUCAUCAAGGACUGCCCCAGUGGACAGCUGGAUGCAGCCGGAUUCCAGAAGAUCUACAAGCAAUUCUUCCCCUUUGGCGACCCCACCAAAUUUGCCACAUUUGUUUUCAACGUCUUCGACGAAAACAAAGACGGAAGGAUUGAAUUCUCCGAGUUCAUCCAGGCUCUGUCUGUGACCUCUCGAGGGACCCUGGACGAGAAACUACGGUGGGCGUUUAAACUGUACGACUUGGACAACGAUGGUUACAUUACGCGGAACGAAAUGCUAGACAUUGUCGAUGCCAUUUACCAGAUGGUGGGCAACACCGUUGAGCUCCCGGAGGAGGAGAACACUCCCGAGAAGAGGGUGGACCGGAUUUUUGCCAUGAUGGACAAGAAUGCAGAUGGGAAGCUGACACUCCAAGAAUUCCAGGAGGGCUCGAAGGCUGAUCCAUCCAUUGUACAGGCCCUGUCUCUCUACGAUGGACUCGUAUAGUUCGGGGGCUGGAGCUGUGAUUACCGGGGAAAGACCCUUUCUGUGCCAUCAGACCACCUGAGUAAGAAGCUCCUCUCUGCGCGUCUCUCUCCAGCCCUCCUCCCUCCCAUUAAUGCACACCAGGGCUGCUGUCCUUGCAGCACGAGAUCCCACCCCACCCUGCUCUGCUGCUCUCUGAGGCACCCGUCUCCAUUUGCCAACUCCUGCUUGUCGAAAAAAGAAAAAAAAAAGAAAAAAAGAAAAGGUGGUGUCGUUUUGCAAAGCGAGAACACUUGCUGCUUUCCAGAGAAGCCUCUUUUGUCUCUCUGUCUCUCGCUCUCUCUCGCGUGCGUGCUUUUCCUUUUUUUUUUUAAUUUUGGACGGACGGUAAACACGGUUACCCUUCUAUUCCUAGAAAAUGUAGACUGAAGAACGAGCAGAUGGCACAGCCGUGCCUACAAAAACUCUGCAUCCCCUGUCUGCUUGGCAGGCAGCUGGAAAGGUUCUGGGGAAUAAAUUUGGUGUCACGAUGGGGCAGAAGACCACACAGCCCCGCUCAGAUCUGUGUUUCUUGUUGUCUGAUACUUUAGCAGCAGAACAGCCUGUGUGGCUAGGAUUGUAAUUAUUAUUAUUAUUAUUAUUUUGUGAUAACAGUAUUGUGCUUUUUUGUGGAAAAAGUGAGUUUUUUUAUAUAUACAUAUAUAUAUAUAUAUGAUCGAUAUCUUAAUUUAUUGGUUAUACCUGUUGCUGCUGUGUCACAUCUCGUGUGUCCACCCUCCAGGUGGUCAGGUGUGUAAGAUUUACAUGUGCACGCACUCAUUUACCUGCUCCAGGCCUGCGCAGGAGGACGGUCACCUGUAGUUGACAUGAAGCCAAAUAUAUUUUCCCAAAUA